ACACUCUUCCAAAUAAGCGAUCGUGAGCUAUUCGGAGUUAUCUUCGCUUACCGGAAGUGACGUAGAGUGAGGACUUGAUACCAAAACUAAUUCAAAACAGAAAAACGUUAAAUUAUUCAAUUUUAAACAAGGUAACAUUAUUUUUUUCUUACAUUUUAAAAACUUUAUCAUUGAUUUAACUUCAAACAACCCAGUAACGGUGUUUUUGUCGUUUUUGCAAGGAUUCGUAGGCGAAAAUAACAGUUUUCUUUUUUACUGACCCUCGUUUCGGAUACGCAAUAAAUUCGGAUAAAAAUCAUUACGAGUAUUACGUACAAUUGCUGUGUGUAUUCUUUUAAUUACAGCUUAAUACAUCAUUAACAAUGUUCAUUCAAUGUACUGUAUUGUUUAAUUCAGACAGAUCUGUUGUUUUUUAUAUUUGCUUAGCGGGUUGUUUUACCACAGCUAAUUAAAAAAAACAAUACAAAUGAUAAGAAACCUAUCAGUAAUUUACUUAAGAAAAAUGUUGCAUUUGCUAAAUGAAUCCAACAUGAUAUGCAUGAUGAGCUUAAAAAAUAUUUAAGAGUAAAAAUACUUUUUUUUCUAUUUUACAGCUGAUAUCAGGAUGUGAAAGCUUUCUGUGUAUUUUAACUUUGUAUUGCCAAACGUCAAUACUGACUACAUAAAUAUUCAUGACAAUGGCAAGUGUCCUGGCAGAUGUGGAUACAAACAGAGUCCUACAAAAAUGUAGUUGUUCAAAGCUGACAGAAAAGGACAUACCAGGAGCAACAUUAAGCACUGUACCAGAGAAAUGCAGAGUGACAGACCUGAGGGUGUGGUUAAAGUGCCGAGGUCAAAAAGUCAAAUCUAAAGAGAACAAGGCUGAACUUUGUGUCAGGGUGAAGAAGUGCGUAGAAACAGGUGCUGUUUUUGACAUCACUGAUCCUUAUCCUGGACAGCCGUAUCUUGAGAAAAAGAAAUCUGCCUGCCCAAACUGCCAAACAAAAACAAGACAACAAAACUCCAAAGAAACUGAAACUGAGACUGUAAAUUGGACGAAAGAUGCAAAGUGCCUGCCAGAGACAUUUAACUAUGUGAACAUUUUGGACUACUCAAAACUGUCAGGAAAGAAGACAAAAGACAUUGUUGAAAAACCCAUUAAUCGAGGAUACACUUUAUUUUUUGAUGGAUAUGUUCAUGAUGUCUCUACUAGUACAAACUCAAAUAACAUUAUUGUAAAAUGUAAGUGUUUCAAAUCUAUGAAGAAAAAUGAACAACCCCAUGACAGUAGAGUGACAUUAGAUUCCAAGGGCCAUGUGAAGUGUGGGAAAUGUUCUUGUGUUGCAGGUGCUAGUGGGUUUUGCAAUCAUGUGUUUGCCCUGCUCUACACCAUUGACCACUCAGUGAAGAUAAAAUUAACAGAAUUUAGUAAAUUGAAAACCUGCACUGAAAGGCCUUCACAAUGGACCAAAGCUAGAACAGAAGGAGUCCGGGCCGAACCUGUUAUGGCUGCAACUGUGGUAAAGCCCAAAUUUGGAAAUAACUUUUGUGGUAUAAGACCCCUUCUUCAAGACACGCGGUUGAAAGAAGCUAGGAAUGAACUGAAUGUGAAAGGAGCAGUGGAUAAACUGAAAGAGAUUAAUCCUUUGAUAGGACUGUGCCAAGUAACCAGCUUUGAGAAAACCCCGAUGGUAGACACCAGAUUGGAAUUAAGCACCCCAGUUGGCUCUGUGCUAUCUUAUCAGCUUAGUAAAACAGAAGGAGACUUUGUUGUAACUUUAAACCUUGAAAGUAAUCCAGAAACAAUUGUUAAUGAUGAAAAGGCACAAAAUUUCCCUUGGAUUAGAAGACAUUUCCCAGAUAGUGUUGAGAAUACCAUAUUGAGAGACCUGAAUUUAGAAAUUACAGAACAAGAUGCCAUACAGCUUGAGAAGGAUACAAAAGAACAAGCACAAUCAGAAGCAUGGUUUCAAGCAAGAAAAUAUCGGUUAACAGCAAGUAAGUUUGGGCGUAUACUUUCAAGAAAGAAGGACAAAGACACAUUCAUCAAAGAUUAUUUGUUUACACCAAAGAAUCUGUCACAUGUUCCUGCAGUUCUGUAUGGAAUUCACAACGAGGAGGUUGCGGUAAAGAAGUACCUCAACUAUAUGACAAAAAGCAACAUGAGAACAGCAGUAUACAAAUCUGGUGUUGUCGUGAAUACUGCAUUACCAUGGUUGGCUGCAUCCCCUGACAGACUGGUAUAUAACAAUGAUGUAGGUUUUGGACUGUUGGAGGUAAAAUGUGCUUAUUCAAAGAAGAGUGUGACCCCAAAAGACGCUUGUUGUGAUCCUGGAUUCUUUUGCACAUUGAAGGACGGCCUGUUUUCCUUAAAAAUAGAGCAUGACUACUUUGCCCAAGUUCAAGGCCAGCUAGGAAUUUGUGGAGCCAGUUAUUGUGACUUUAUUGUUUACACCAACAAAGGCCUCGGAGUGCACAGAAUACUCUAUGAUGAAAUGUUUUUUUUAGAUAUGGUUAGGAAAUUGAAAGAUUUCUUUUUGGACCAUUUUCUAUCAGUUGCCAAAACACAAAUUUUGCUAGAUAAUAAUAAUAAUGUGUCCUCUUAAAAUCUCUACAUGACUGUAUAUGGAAAACAAAACCUUUUAUGGUAGACAUUAUAAUCAAAUAGUUUCCAGUGCCAUAACUAAAAAAAUAGUUAGUUUGCAGUUGCUCGACUGACUCAAUGCAAUUGGUCCACUUAAAAAAAAGUUGGACUAAAUUUUUUUAUCAAAACAUAACCAUAUGCUUGUUUAAAUCUUCACUAAGAUAUAAGAAGAACAAAAUCCCGGCCAACCGACUCACUGUUAAAAAGGUGGGUCGCGCAAAUGCAAACCAAUUAUUUUUUUAGUGAUGCCCCAGUUGUGAUAUAAUUCACCA